CUAAACAACAAGGCUAAUCCAUGUUCAUCUCUCUCGUUCCUUGCAAAGCAUGCCAAACCUGCACACGGAAGCGUUAGGACGUGACGAUGGCGAUGGGGCCAUUCGAGAGAGAGAGAGAGAGUCGCUCGGUGCAUGCGUUAUAAACAACCGAGCUGGCUUCUCGUCAUUCAACUAAUCCUCUCCGCCUGCUAUGGCUGUUUCCCCCGGCCACAGCUACGGCUCCGUCAGCACGGAGUCACGUCGGCGAUCGACCGACGACGCCGGCCUUGGUCGGAGGUGCCUCACGAUGGUGAAGCAGCAGAGGACGCGGCUCUACAUCCUGCGCCGGUGCGUGUCGAUGCUCCUCUGUUGGCACGCCCACAGCCUGUCCGACUGACUGAUCGCGGACUCGCUAAUGCUACUCCUCCUCGGUCGAGCGAUGGGUCUUCUCUUGGAAGAUGAUUAAGAGCUGGUGACGACGAACAUGGCUGCAGGGAAUCGCAAAGUCCACGAAGCUGCCUGCCCUUCGGUGCAUACACGGGGCAAAGUGCAUCUUUGGAGUGCACGGGAGGGCUGACGGUACCAGCAAAACCUCGUGUGCUAUCAUUGGGGGCAUAUGGUCGACGAAGAAGAAACUAUUUACAUGAUCGAACUGAAGAAUUACGCAAUCUCGAAAUGUGAAUUGGUAAAUAUAUAGACAAAAUGUUAUUAUAAUGGAUUGUUUCAGCAGUUCUGCUA